AUGCUCUAUUCCAUAACGUUGGGACCCACGGAUGUCUUGUCCAUACCGCGAGAGAUCUUCAGGUCCUCGACACCACCUGCAGUGUGGGAAGCGAGAGCCGAGCAGGUCAAGCAGGCGUUUGUGCAUGCUUAUCAUGGAUAUGAGGAGCACGCUGCGCCUCAUGAUGAGUUGUUGCCCGCGACUGCUGGAUCAGUGGACAACUUCAAUGGCUGGGGCGUGUCUGUCUACGAUUCUCUUGACACCAUGCUCCUCAUGGGCCUGGACGAUGAAUUCAAACGAGCACUGCCCAUCAUCGCUCGUACUAACUUCACAUCUGUCACUCCUUCUGAAUACGUCCCGUUCUUUGAGACGGUGAUCCGAUAUCUGGGUGGUCUACUCUCUGCAUACGCCAUGUCGAGGGAGCGAAUGCUUCUCGACCGCGCGGAGGACCUGACGACUUCGCUCGCAGCUGCCUUCGACUCGAAGAGUGGUCUCCCUCUGUAUUCAGUGAGCCCAUCAGCUCGCCGAGGCAAAGGCAGUGAGAUCGGCGUGCUUGCCGAGAUCGCGAGCUGUCAGCUUGAGUACUCCUACCUUGCCAAAUUGACAGGAAAGAAAGAGCAUCUUGACCAUGCGUACACGAUUGUUAGAGCACUCGAGCAUAGUGAUGUGAGCAAGACUGGUGGCAUGCUGCCAACUAGGUGGAACGUCACCUCUGGGCAGCCGUGGCAGAGUGUACUCCAAGUAUCCGUCGGUGCAGCGGCCGACAGCGCGCAUGAAUAUCUGCUCAAGCAAUAUCUGAUGGAAGCCAGACAUGACAAAGGGAGCUUGGAAUUAUACCUUCGCACAACGAACUACAUCAUCACUAAUCUCCUCUACCUAUCCCCUACUCGGCGCCUUCUAUACGUUACCGACCUGCAAGGUAACAACCAAAACCCGAGCCGCGUCUUCGAGCAUCUCUCCUGCUUCCUCCCGGGGCUCUUCGCCCUCGGCGCAUACUCCCUCCCGCUCGACCGCCUCUCCGACCUGGGCAUCUCCACCUCCUCUAUCAUUGCCGGCCUCCCCUCCGAGCUGCGCCAGAAAUACUUCACCCUCCUCACGAAAUACAACCUUCGCGACCUGCACUUCUGGGUCGCCGAGGGCCUCGCGCAGACGUGCUGGCUCACGUACGCGGACCAGAAGAGCGGGCUCGGCCCGGACGAGGUCGUCAUGGACGCCGUGCCCCGCAAGGGCAGCGAGACAUUCCGGGACAGCACGCACGGGCGGGAGGGCGACUGGGGUGCCGGGCGGUGGUACGACGCGGUGGAGAAGUGGCGGAAGAGCGGGGCCAGGGGUGCGCCUCCGGGGACGGCGGACAGGCCACCUGUUGUGUAUGAUGACUACGAGAACGGUAAUGGACCCCGGGAGGGUCACGCAAGGGACUAUGCGACGAGGAAAACUGAGUACUUAUUGCGUCCUGAGACGAUCGAGAGUCUGUACCUCAUGUGGCGUACAACGGGUGAUGAACGUUGGCGGGAUCGUGCUUGGGCUAUAUUCGAAGCCAUCGAGAGAGAAACUAAAACGGAGACAGGGUAUACCAUCAUCAAGGCGGUCCACAGAGACCCUCCUACUCGGGGUAACUCAAUGCCCAGUUAUUUCUUGGCCGAGACUUUGAAGUAUCUGUAUCUCGCAUUCAACAAUGAGGACCUAGUUCCGCUCGAUAAGUGGGUAUUCAAUACCGAGGCACAUCCGUUCCCAGUAUUCAACUGGACGGUGGCGGAAAGGAAGAAAUUCGGCCUUUCUUAA